AUGAGUAUUGAAAAUGAGACAAGAAACCUGAAGAAAAGCAGAAGAAUUUUCACUCCAACUAAUUGUAUUGCUGAAAAUUUUAGCAAUACCAAAUAUGUGCCAGUUUUAAGUUCUCCCUCUGCAAUGAAUAGUCAAGGUAUUAGACCACGGUCCAAAGUAGUCUAUCGUAAUAGACCAAAGAAUGAGUCGAUUACUAAGCACACAAAUUUCAUUAAUUCACCGACUGAGAAAUAAGAAAGUAGUCAGACUUUUGACCAACUACGAUAACAAAAAGGUCAAAGGGCAUAAAUAAAAGGAGUAAAAUUAGCCAGAAUUUGAGCCCGGCUCAGAAAGAUCAUAGCUUAACUCUAAAAUCAGCUCAGAGAGAAGCACCUUCAAAGAAAUUGGUUGGCCAAAUAAUAUCUCCCAAACCUAGAAUUAACUAUUGGACUACAAGCGCAAAUUACUGGAAAUAAGCUUGACUCACGAAGAAGUAAAUAAAAUGAAGAAGCCUAAAUUACGCACUCAGAAGUUGUCAUCCGAAAUUGAAGAGAUUGUCAAAGGAAAAGAUCUCAAUAUUGCCCUUCAGGGUCAAAACUGUAAAAGAUUUAACUUCACAACCUCUAUAUUCCCAAAGAGCUACAGGACACCUAGUGAGACCUAAAUAAAUUAAGAGCUUGGAAGCAUAAUGGGGUUAAGGAAACAUCCCGGAGCGUAGCUAGAACUGCUACAAACACUGUUAAUUUAAACAAAAUACAAAGUUCUCAGACGCUGGAAUUCUCUUCUCCGUUGCCUGUUUCAGGAUGUCAAGUUGUCAAGACGUCUGAUCUCAAGCAGUCUACUCAAAAGAAGAACAUAAAGAUCUUAUUUUCAAAAUAAAGGCAAUUUUAAUAUUGAUCUAGUGGAAAAGUUAAAAACUCGUAAUUCAACAGAGAGAAAGAAGAGGAGAAUUAGCAAGAUUCAAGCACCAGAUUCCAAGUUACAGAAUGAAUACCUCAAGAAGUUAUAGGGGGUCUCUGAGGCAUGUCAAAGAAUAGUCUGGCUCGGAACUGGGCUGGCUUCGAAACUUUAAGCCACAGAAAGAAAUUUGGUAAUACCGCCUGAAUCCCCUACAAGACACUUCCGCAGUGGAAUCAGAUUGAGAAUUCAUGCUCAACCCUGAGCUCUCAUGAAGAAAUACCGAAGAAAUCUCUAAAUCCUAUUUAUAAAUAAUGUAAUCUUCC